ACACUCAACCAGCGAUGAGGCUUUAAUCUGGAAGUUGUUUGUUUUCCAUCAUGGAGGCUGCAGCUGACUUUCUGAACGUGUUCCUCCCUGAGGUAGGGGGAUCGUCUCUGACACUCGGCCUCUUCCUCAUCUUUCUAGGUCUUCUGUACUGGUAUGCAUAUUACCCGUAUUCAGUCCUUUCUCGAUGUGGCAUCAAACAUCCAAAGCCAUUACCUUUCUUAGGCAACAUAAUGAUGUUUCGCGAGGGUUUUUUCGGCCCAGUCGCUGAUAUCAUAAGGACACAUGGCAGAGUUUGUGGGUACUACUUGGGACGCAGACCAGUGGUGGUGGUCGCAGACCCUGACAUGCUGAGACAAGUGAUGGUCAGAGACUUCAGCAGUUUCCAAAACAGAAUGACUAUUCGCUUUGCCACCAAGCCCAUGGCGGACUGCCUGCUCAUGCUGAGGAACGAGCACUGGAAGAGAGUGAGGAGCAUCCUGACCCCGUCCUUCAGCGCUGCCAAGAUGAAGGAGAUGGCUCCACUCAUCAACACAGUCACAGACGUUCUGAUGAACAACCUGAAUGUUUACGCUGAGUCAGGAGAGGCCUUUGACAUCCACAAAUGUUUUGGCUGCUUCACCAUGGAUGUUAUCGCCAGUGUGGCAUUUGGAACCCAGGUGGACUCUCAGAAAAACCCAGAUGACCCAUUUGUCCGUCACGCUCAGAUGUUCUUCUCCUUCUCUUUCUUCAGGCCCAUCGUACUAUUUUUCAUUAUGUUUCCUUUCCUCGCGGCUCCUCUGGUGCGAAUCAUCCCCAACAAACGGCUUGCCAGGAUGAAUGGGUUCUUUGUCAACUGUAUCAAGAAGAUCAUCACGCAGAGGGAGGAGCAGCCUCCUGAACAGAGGCGUCGAGACUUCCUCCAGCUGAUGUUGGAUGCUCGAACCAGCAAAGAGUCUGUGUCUUUGGAGCACUUCGAUACACUGAACCACACUGAUGAGCCCAAUCCCAGGAACCAGCAAGUGCAGCCAUCGGCCUCGGAUCAGGAGGCCCACAGCAGGGCUCCUCAGAAAAAGAUGAUCACUGAGGAUGAGAUCGUGGGUCAGGCUUUUGUCUUCCUCCUGGCCGGCUACGAAACCAGCAGCAACACCCUGGGCUUCACCUGCUACCUGCUGGCCAUCAACCCUGAAUGUCAACACAAAGUACAGGAAGAGGUGGAUGAGUUCUUCACGAGACAUGAGUCACCAGAUUACACUAAUGUCCAGGAGCUGAAGUACUUGGACAUGGUUGUAUGUGAAGCACUGCGCCUCUACCCUCCUGGAUUCAGGUUUGCACGAGACAUCGACCAGGACUGUGUGGUGAAUGGACAGUUUCUCCCUAAAGGAGCAUCUCUGGAGAUCCCAGCAGGCUUCCUCCAUUACGACCCAGAGUAUUGGCCAGAGCCGGAGAAGUUCAUACCUGAGAGAUUCACCCCCGAGGCCAAGGCCAAUCGACAUCCAUUUGUUUACCUACCGUUCGGGGCCGGUCCCCGUAACUGUGUGGGCAUGAGGCUCGCUCAGCUGGAGAUCAAAAUGGCUUUAAUUCAUUUGUUUCACAAAUUCAACAUCGUGGCCUGCACUGAGACAAAGGUUCCUCUCGAGUUGAAGUCAUCAAGCACGUUAGGACCCAAAAAUGGCAUAUUUGUGAAAAUCACAAAAAGAAACUCAGGAGGAGUUCGAUUGAAUUCAACACUAGAUGAUUAGAAACCCACUGUUCAUCCUCUUGGCUGGUGGAACAAGUUACUAAUCAUCCAAUAGGUCCAUGUUGUCAUACUUUUCUGGUUUUCUUUUGAACUUUAUAUCGUAAAUUUAAGUACCAUGUAUACCUCAAUCGUUGCACUCAUCUCGUGCCUUUUCACUGAGGCGGGAGCCAGAGAGUGGGCCUUAGAUGAGAAUUGCUUUGCUGUCGUGAUAAAUUAAACUUUGGACUCCCCACGGAUGACAGAGGGAGCUGGAGAACGUGUGAACAAAGACAUAGGAGUGAAAAAAGGAAAAAUAUCUGAGCUCUGCUGUAAGAGCCACCAGCAUUACUGACUUUUUCCCAGUCUUUUAUUUUGAACAAGCUGUAACAGUUUAUUUUGGUGAUUCCAUUCAUGAGAAGUUGAGUUCUCUUUUUAAGCUGCUUUAGUGGCCUAGUCUUUCUACCUCCAUUACAAGCCACUUCACAAACCUGCUCUCCCCCCCCACCACCUCUUUUUCAUAUACUGAAUCUGACCUCACAAUGUCACGUGUUGUCAUUGAUGCCUGUUCUAUGCCGGGGUCGUUUAGCUGCUGCUCACAGAGCCAUACCACCAAAUAUAAGUUACUGCAAUUAUUGAAAUCUAACACAUUUUUUCGAGAUUUCUGAACAGUAGUUUUUUAUUUCACCAUUAGCAGGUGGUGGCAGGUUUGUACCACGGAGUAUCAGGGUCACUUAAAGGAAAGAAAACUGGAGAUUUCGAGAAUAAGAUCAUAAUAUUGGGAGAAUAAAGUAGAAUUUCUAGGCUUUGUGUGAUUUUAAAGGAGGAAGAUCAGCCUGUCACCUGUGUUAAAAUCUGGAAUGUGGAGCAUCUUGUUUAGUUCUUUAAGGAGAUUUUGCAAAUAACAAAAAUAUUGGUGUUAAAGAACCACGUGGACCUCUUGCCCAUUGUGUUGGUUGCUGGGAAUCUCCACAAAAUUAGGAAAAAAAACUUGAUUUAGGGUUAGAAUUUAGACUUUUUUCUCAUAAAAUUACAAUUGAAUUUUGGUAAUAUUAUGAUAUCAUUCAGGAAAUCUCAUCAUUUUCAAUCUUAAAACCAACCCCAAUACUCCAUAAGUUUGCACUGUGGCAUUAUGAUUGUUUUGAAAAUAAUUUUCCUCUUUUUUGAUGUGAUUCAUUUUUUUGUCUCAACAGCUGCUCUAUUGAAUUUUAACCAAUGUGUUGGGAGCGAGUGUGAGUUCAUGAAUUUUAAUUGGAGUCAUUAACCCAUUUUAGUCUUGAAUAAAUGCAAUAGGUUUUCUGUUGAAAAUUCUAAGAUAAUGAGAUUUCAUUUUAUUGUCUGCACUGGGAAAAUAAAGGUGUAAAAUACUUCA